AUGGCUGACCACCACGACGGAGCCUCUCCUCGAGAACUUGUUCUCGAAGCCUGCCGACGCAACAACACCGAGCUCCUCGAGGAAACACUGGCCGACCUGAAUGCCGCUGCCAAAAAGUCGGACAAGAAGCCUGCCGACUAUGUCGCAGACAUACUGAACAACGCGCGCGAUGGACUCGGCAACGGCUGCCUUCACAUUGCUGCCACCUACGGAAGUUUCGAGGUCAUCGACAUGCUGCUCGACCAAGAAGGCCUCGAGAUUGACGAAAUCGACCGCAUGGAACAGGACACGCCCCUCCACAAAGCCGUACGCUACGUCAACUCGCUCGAAAAAGACGUCUGGCCCCAUGGUCAAUCCAUUGUCGCCAUGCUCCUAGACGCAGGAUGCGAUCCCAGAAUACGGAAUAAGGCGAAGCUCAAGCCCGUCGAGCUGGUUGACCCACGAAACACGGAGCUGAAGAGCAUGCUGCAAAAGGGCGAGUUUGCCAUCCAGGCUGGUGGAGACAUCGUCGGGGAUGACGAUGACGGCCAUGCAGGCAGUGGAAGUGAGAGCGAUUGA